AUGGACGCCGAGAAAGGGGACUGUCCCACCGAGCGCCGUUCGCUCCUUCGGAGCGCCAGAGGCAACGCCACGGAGACGACCAGCUGGCCCGUGAUGCAGCCGGAUCCGAAGUAUGAUCCCUUGAAAUGUUUUCCCUUCGCUUGUCCAUUCUUGCCUUUGGCCACCGGUAUUUUUUACGUCCUGACCGUGUUGGCCUUGGUUUUUUUCGGUGCUUUGAGCCUUGUGGCUGGGAUUCUAUGUUGUAUCCCUUGGGGGUGCUUCUAUAGCUGGACAUACCUUUGGUGUUGCUGCCCCUACUAUUGGCACACGGAUCUCUAUCAGAAGUUGAUCUAUAUGUCCUACUGGGGCCAGAACCGUGGUGUUCCUCAGCCAGUGGCGAACCAGGAGUUCAUGCCAGUGUCUGGGAUCAAGCCCAAGGCUAAACUGAAGAAAUACUAUGUGGACUACGCAGUGAAUUUGCAAGUGCCAGCUGGGCCAGAGGAUCAAUUUUUGGACAAGUAUCUGAAUCCUUCGGCUCGUGAAAACUUCAUCGAACACCGCCUGCCCAUGUUGCCCAUGACGGAUCGUUUUGACACAGCAACCUUUAAACCUCAUGAGGAUCCAGUGGACUUUGUGAUGACGCAAAUGUCUCAUAUCUACCCCAGUAUCUACCAGCAGUGGGAGGACAAGCAAAGCGAUCGAGCAUUGACCCGAUUCGCCUUGUACGGUAUCGGGGCUCACAGAGUGGAGGCGGUGAUCAAAGAUGGCAAGAAGAUGUUCGUGGUCAGGACCAAUAUGUUGGCUGGUCUUCCGGUGCGGCCUACCUUUGAACGAUAUGGAGGUGAUGCCUAUUUCGAUGAGAAUUGGCAUCCGGUAAUGAUCAUUGAUGAGGGUCUCAGUACGCUGGAAGAGGAUUCCAAAAAGGAUCCUGUAAUUACACGUCCCGGAGAUGAAGGUUGGAACCGAGCAAAGUUUCGAUUUCGAUCUUCGCUCUUCACACUGGUGACACUGGUGGACCAUUUGUAUGGUGUGCACUUGCAGACCGCCAACUUAUUCGUCACUGCGUUGCGGGAACAGCUGUCUGCGGAUCAUCCCAUCCGUCGAUUUCUGACGCCCUUCACGUACCAAACCAUUUCCGUCAACGACAACGCCAAGUUCAAUCUCACUGCUCCCAGGUCGAUGGGUCCCAGAUGCUUCGCCUUUACUGAGAAGGGUAUGUCACUGGCCUUCAGUGCAGCACCCUACUUGAUGAAGUGUGGAGAAAACGUUCCGAGGGCCGAAGGAGGGCCACUUCUGAACAUGGCGGACUAUGUGAAUCAUCUGAAGGGAACAGGUGUGGAUACCGAGUAUUGGAGGCAGGUAGGAGAUCUCUUAGAAAUCUACGAGACCUUCAUUGAGGACUACCUGGCCUGCUACUAUGCCAGGAAGGACGAUGUCGCAAGAGACAAAGAGUUAGCGGCGAUGGCGGCUCAAUAUUUUGAGACCCUGAAUUCCGCCUCUCCCGACAGUGUGAAACGGGCUGUGCCGAAGAUUUCCACCGUCUCUGACACGACAAGCUCGCAUGACACAUACUACUUCUAUGUGAAAUGGCUAGCGAGUUUGAUGUGGGCCGUGACUGCAGGUCACGAGCAGCUUGGGGCAGUUGAGGUGUACGCGCAGGAUGUGUCCUGGACCGCCUUCAAGUGGCUUCCGGGAGAUGUCAUUGGAACAAAGACCACGGCCACCUCUCAGGCACUCCUGAUGUCCUUCACCUCAACACCCAUGCCCAAGUUGAUCGGAGAAGGUGUUGAUUGGACACAUCUCUUUCCCAGUCCCACGGUGCCCGCGAAAGACCCCUCGGCCGCAUUCAAGAAAUUCCAGCAAAACUUGAGUGCCAUGGCUGACCGCUGCGACAGUUAUAAUGCCAUGGCCGAUAGCCGGGCAUUUCCAGACUGCUUUCCGUUGUACACGCAAAACCCACGGGUUUUGGAAGCGUUUGUCAAAUGUCGCUUCCUCGUGGCACUGGGCCUGGGUUGUUUGAGAAGUUUGCUGGCCGAGGCAGAUACGCCAGAUGAAUGUUUGGAUGGCGACUGCGCGUUGCAUACCUUGCAGAUUUCGGCGAAGUAUCAACCAGGCAAUGAUUCCUGGAAAAUACCAACAGAAGAUCUGUUGUGGGCUAAAUACCAAGUGUUUCUUUUGGAGUAUGGACGGCUCUAUGGUGCUGAAGAACAGCACCAACGAUUUGAAAAUUUCAAGCGCCACUUCAGGCGGUCGCAACACCUCAGCGGCUCAGGGCUUCUGAGCGAUGCUUUUGGGAUCAAUAGUUUUUCCGAUUUCUAUGCUGAAGAGUUGCCGCUGCGCGGGCUCAAAACUGAUGUUUUUUUGCAGGAAUCACUAGGAUCCGCAGCCAAAGAGCUGAACGUCACGGCUUUCCAGUUGCCAAAGACACCAGAACCUCCUGCUCUCAACUGGCGUUUGACCCGCGCCGUGAGUCCGGUGAAGAACCAGGGCUCCUGUGGCGCCUGCUGGGCUUUCGUAACGGCGGAGGAAGUGGAAGCCAUGUACACCCUGUGGCAGGAUGGUGGACCUCCCGGAUAUUCGCAGCUCUUCUCGGUCCAACAAAUGAUCAGCUGCAGUAAUCAAGCGGAUGGUUGUGGAGGUGGAAAUCCUGUGGAUGGCUACACCUACCUCAUGAAGAACAAAAUCGGCCUGGUUCAAGAGGCCUAUUGGCCGUACGAAGGAGGUUAUCUUCCAGACGAUCGAUGUGACUACAAAUACUGCACCAAACCUUGCCAUCGAAAUUUGACAGAUGCUGAGACCUUUCAGCACAUCAUUGGUCCGAUUGGGAAGGUCGUCGGUGCUCUUUGGGCUACACCUCUAUGUCCUCCUGGAACUGCUUGCGAGAACCAAAAUCUGGAGAGUUUGAGACGGGUUCUCGUUCAGCUAGGUCCCGUUGCUGUGGCGGUGAAUUCGCAACAUUGGUUGCUCUAUGCAGGUGGAGUGCUAAGCUACGAGGCGUGCGGUGGCAGUGGCUGGAACGAUUUGGACCAUGCCGCCCAGCUCACUGGGUACAACACCAGCUCCUCUGCCUCCCUGCCCUACUGGAUCGUUCGCAACCAAUGGUCAACGACCUGGGGUGAGAAUGGAUACAUCUACCUGGAGUUCUACAAGAACACCUGUGGCAUUGCCAAUAUGGCCACGGUGCCACUGAUGGCAGGGAUGCCACACCCACAGGACAUUGAAGAAGUUGUGAUGCUGGACAGGGGUCCAUCGCGGGACAGCCCCUUCGCACGAUUUUAUCAGCAAGCUCUGGGAUGACGAAGGACGUGCCUUGCACGAUGCGCGAAAUCAUUGCCGUGGAGCGUCGCAGAAUCACAUGCCAGUGCUGCCGG